AGGACUGAUCUGGCCUCACUGUAAAACUGUGCUGAUGAAUGAGAGAAAACACUUCUAGGAGGUGCUUAUUCCAGUUUUUGUUAAGGUGGAAGAGUGAACUUGCUCUCUGGCCUCACAGUAUUACACUUAGAACAGUGGGUGAAGACUUCAGUGAAAGCUUUGCGGGGGAGGGGGGGGAGAUGGCCCUGGAAUUGCUGUCAGCCUAAUCCCUCUUCCCUUUUCCACCUCCUUUGAGUGAUGGAGAAGCAGGAUCCCUGGGUGCCUAGUGAAGUCCUUCCUUAUGUCUAGUUGGCCAGAAACCUGCAUUCCUUCUGUGUUGGUGGACAGCAGAGACCUCAAGUCCCAGUGGACUGGGUCUUUGUAUUUUGAGGCUUCUCCAAGGUCUUUUAUUUGUCUUAAGUUAGGCCUAUACCAUCCUUUCCAGGUGACCUGUGUGAGAUGGUGAUUGCUACCAGAUAUGGGAAGGGAAAUUGCCCAGAACACACAUGAGGUUUAAUUAUCUAAUCUGACAAGUUCUCAAGUUUUUCGAUGUUUUACUCCCUUACAGCCAUCACCAUUUUAGUGUUUGUGUUUAAUGUAUCUGCAGUAGUUGUUUGGGAAAGCUGACAUCUGUAAAGCACCAGGGGGAGGCAGUGAUAUCGUCUGUGUUGGCAAGAGACUUCUAAAGUAGCCUUGUUUCAGAAAACAGUGUUAAGGCUGAAGUGCAGUGUGUGAUCAUCUUCAGUUUAGCUCUGUAAUUUACAACUAGUAUAAACCGUGUAGCCCUCUUCUGAAAAAUCUUUAGUUAUGAAUACCUUUGUUUUUAAACACCAUGCUGUCUAUGUUAAUAUCCUUUCCUGGUAGGCUGUGAGCAAGGGGUCAUGCCUAGGGGAGGGUAUGUUGCUGCUGCCAAAAGGUGGCUUGACAACCCAUGGCUGGGCCUGUUCCACUAUGGACCUAGAGGUGUCUGUGCAUGGCAUGAUCAGCACUUCACACUCAUGCCUUCUGGCACCAGACAUUAGUUCUUCCCUGGUCCAGGAGUGGUCUGUUGCAUUUAGGUAACUGUUUAGUGUUAGUUCCAAAUUCUUGUUUCCUGAAGUUCUCUUAAGACAGAAUGUUACCAGGUUUAGAGUGUUCUCUGUGAAAUCUCAACUCUUCCAUGCUGCCCCCUUUGGGGAGGUAGGGGGUUUCAAGACAGGGUUUCCCUGUGUAUCCCUGGCUGUCCUGGAACUCUUUGUAGACCAGGCUGUCCUCAACUCAGAGAUCCCCCUGCCUCUGCCUCCCAAGGGCCGGGAUUCAAGGUGUAUGUCACCACUUCCCACCGGAAAUCUCAACUCUUAAGAGCUCAGAAAGAAAGAAAAUCUUACGAAGUGCUUGUUCUUAAGGUACAAGUAAAAAGCCAGCCUGCUGUCUGACCACACGGUGUCGCACUUAGUUUAGCAGCUGAGAUGGCUUGCCAGGUUAGCCCCAGUACUCCUCCCCUCUUCCAGCUCCUUUGAGUGCUGCAGGACCCUGUAGAACUCACAGUACUUGUAUUAACCCCAAAGAAAAGGUAACUUUGUUUUUUGACUGGAUCAAGCAUGCUUGACUUUGUGUGUUGCCCUUCUUGGGAGAAGUCGCUGAUAGGGCAGUUGGGAUGCUAGACUGCCCUUCAUUAGAUCUUCCUUCCCAAAGCUCAUAUUCUGUUGUUGUUUGUUUUUCAAGACAGGGUUUCUCUGUGUAGCCUUGGCUGUUCUGGAACUUGAUCUAUAGACCAGGCUGGCCUCAAACUCAGAGAUACAUCUGCCUCUCCUCUGGAGUGCUGGGAUUAAAGACACCACCAUCUCCUGGCUUUUAUUGUUAUUUAAAGAAAGGAACACCUUGGAAGGAAAUUUCUCCAUCUCUGCCACUUCUUGUUCCUCUCCUGAGACAAAACAGCUCCCAGGUAGCCUUUGCCUUUGGGAUUUUUUUUUUUUUUUUUUUUUUUAACAGGGCCUCAUGUGGCUCAGGCUAGCCUGAACUUACUGUUUAGCUGGGGCUGGCCUUGAAUUCUCCUCUGUCUGCCUCCUAGGUGCUGGGAUUUUGGCCUUGUGAAUUUCAUUAUAGAGUAAGUGAGAGGGAGGAGUCUCCUUGCAUAGUAAGCCAGUAGGGUCCUGUGAAACUGUUUUCUCCAGGGCUUAGAGAAUGGACCCAGAUGUUGGACCUGAUUUUCCUAGGGGCUGCCUUGGUCAGCGUGGUCAGGGUUCUUGUGAUACCCUUGGUUAUUUUUCAAGUUGUUUGUGGCAGAGAGAUGGUGAAGCUGGAAAACUGGUAACUUGAGUCCCUCCCCAGUCACAAAAUUAGGUAUCCCUGUGACAGGCCAAGUCUAGCCUCCUAGCCUGCCUGCUUAUGAAGUGCAAGACAGAGCUGGGAAAACCCAUUAUCAGACACCUAAGAGGGUUAGACCACCAGGAUAUAGGUAGACAGAAGAACACAUGCUGCAUCUGUGUAAAGGUGGGCUCUGGGUUGAUGCAACCCUGCGUCUUGAACUUGGGGCACAGAGGUUGUCUUUUGACACACAGUAUAUAUAAUAUACAUAUUAUAUAUUAGUUGAGUACAGGUCACCAUCAGGGUCAAAUGCUGGUGCAGAGUGUUCUCACCAGUAAACAAGGACAUGAGCACUUGAGGCCUUAACAACUGUGUGAAACACUCCCAAGAGUCAGUUCUGCUGGAGAUGACAGUUUGCUUGGGUGGGAGCCAGGAACAAGAGGAAUGGGCACUUCCCUUACAUUUUCCCCCAUUCCAGCUUUGUUAGGCUUCUCUGACUGGAUGUGGCCUGAAGCUGGGAUGGCUUGCUUGGCCACCUUUCACUCUUCUGGUGUGGGAGUUGAUGGGGCUUGAUUCUAGAAUAUUCUGUUUUGUUUACCAAGGACCCAUAUCCACUGGAUCCAGGGUGUGUUGGGGAUGCAGCUCCUGAACAUUUAUAGAACAGUUGGAACCACGGGCUGGCUGUUCUUAGCCACAGCGUUUACUAGUUGGAGAUCAUCUGGCUAUUGGGAGCCCUGGCCUAGUCUCAGAAGGGCCACUACCUCAUUCAUAGUCACUGAGCCCAGGGUAUUCAUUGGCUUGGCCUCAGCUAACCAACUUGCAGCCUGAAGGUGUUUCGGGACCUUUCUCUGGGGGAAAGGUCUUGCCACUGUAUCCGGGGUACUGGAUGGAGGAAGUUAUAUUGGUUAGCAAACUCCUCGCUGUGUAGCUCGGGCCUGUUGUAAACUCAUAGGAGGCAGGCCUAGGAGACUGACAGUGGAGGAGGGUAGAAUGUAGAAGUUGGCCCUGUGCCUGUUGAAGAGUAGAUAGCCUCUCCAUGCUCUCCUGGUUUCAAAGAGGUUAGCUUGGCAGACUUCACGUAAGCAGAGGAGGGUCGCUGGUGUGGGGGGGGGAGGGGGUUCCAGCGACCAAGUGAUGGUGGAGAUGUUCUACUUUCCCAGUGCCCUGUGCUGGGGGCUGAGGUUGGGACCUGCUUCGGGGCCGGAAUGAGGUGUGUGGGAAGGUCUGAGAGAUUUGUACACAGCUUCCUAACGGGAAUGAAUCACUUGGGAUUCACUGCCCUGAAGGUGUAGGUAUGAAAGAUACCACAGAGAGUUGGUGUUAACAGCCUCCACCCCCUACUUCCAGCUUAACUAACAGGAAUUCUGCUGAGACCAGGGGCUGUUGGGGCAGGGAAGAUGCAUCCCAGCUCCUCCCUACUCCUUAGGAAGCCGUGAUGGAAUCCAAGGUCAUAGGGGUCCCGCCCCACCCCACCCCGCCCCGCCUUACCUUCCAGGAGGUGGAAGGGCUCCUGGUGAGACCUCCCCUUGGAGCCUGAGAGGCCUAGGAGGGAGGGAGGGCUCAUUUAGUGGCGGGAGGAGGGGGUUUCCUGCAAGGGCACUGAGCAGGAGGGGAGGCCGGCGAAGACAGCAGCUCUUUGCUGCACUCUGGCUCGUCCUGUAGACUUGGCGCCAGCGGCGGCUGGGCUCAUCCCUGGGCCUCGCCCCCGCGCAGGGGCUCUGAAUGCCGCCGCCCCCAUGAGAACACUGGCCAGAGCUCCUGUCCCUAAGCCUCUGCUUGCGGAGACUGAGCCAUGUGGGUCUGGACCUGGGCCGCUGCAGCCCUUUUCUGGCUGCCGACUACUGGAGUCGGGGCACGGCAGGAACACAAGAAGCCUCGGCAGCUGGCUGCGCGUGUGGAGUCCUCCAAUAUUACAACAUCCAACCACGAGGGAUUGCUAGGCUCCUUCAAGCCAGCAGAGGCCUCUGGACCUGAGCUCUCAGAUGCCCACAUGACAUGGCUGAACUUUGUCCGCCGGCCAGAUGAUGGGCCCUCAAGAAAACGGUGUCGUGGCCGAGACAAGAAGUCGCGAGGCCUCUCAGGUCUCCCAGGGCCCCCAGGCCCUCCUGGCCCUCCCGGCCCCCCUGGUUCCCCUGGUGUGGACGUCACCCCAGAGGCCUUGUUGCAGGAAUUUCAGGAGAUGCUGAAAGAGGCGACAGAACUUCGAUUCUCUGGGCCACCGGACAUAUUGUCACCCCAGGAACGCAGCCAUCGGCUGGUGGUUGAGGCCUUCCACUGCCGUUUGAAAGGCCCUGUGCUAGUGGACAAGAAGACACUGGUGGAACUGAAAGGAUUCCAGGCUCCUACUGCCCAGGGUGCCUUCCUGCGGGGGUCUGGCCUGAGCCUGGCCUUGGGCCGAUUCACAGCCCCAGUCUCUGCCAUCUUCCAGUUUUCUGCCAGCCUGCACGUGGGUGAGCCAGCAUACCAUAGUGAACUACAGGGCAGAGGCCGGUUGCGUACCCGGGACACAGUCCGUGUCCUCAUCUGUAUUGAGUCCCUGUGUCAUCGCCACACUCUGGACAGUAUGUCUCCGUGUUUGUGGACAACAGUUCUGGGACAGUCCUCACCAUCCAGACCAGCUCCAGCUUCUCUGGACUGCUUUUGGGUACGUAGAGGAGCUGAAGAAAUGAUUGAGGAACCAACACCAUGCUUCUUAGAGGAGCUGGGAAGGACUGCUCUCCAGUUAAUAGUUUUCAUGGCAAUAAAGAGCUCUAGACUUCUCCAUCUCUCUGGAGUGCUAUGUGGUUAUUGUGUUGGUAGAAGUGGCAACUGAGUGGCCAAGAUUUGAACAAAGAUGCACAGCAAGCAGAAGACUAUCCACAUGAUCCCAGAGCAGAGUGAAGUCCUCUCACAAGGUCUCCAGAUAGACUUCCAGCCAGUAAGGGAAGGAGCAGGGAACCAGCAAAAUGGUUUCUCUACCUGCUGGGGACUGAGUCAACCCUGAGGCAGAGGCAGGCAGAUCUCUGAGUUUGAGGCCAGCUUGGUCUCUACAGUGAGUUCCAGGACAGCAAACAGAAACCCUGUCUCAAAAAACAAAACAAAAAUCCAAAGUCUCUUUUAAAGUUCAAAAGUUCUCUAAAAUAGCCAAGACCUCAUACCUGUGGGUUUCUGUAAAAUAAAAAAACCAAGUUAAAUAAUUAUUAUUUCAAGAGAAAAGAACCAGGGUACAGUCACAAUCAAAGCAAAACUAAAGUCCGAGAGUAUAAAAAGUUGAGUGCUUUGUGUCUGGGGUCAGUUCCACAUGCAGGAUGGCUUCCACACGUGUUGCUGUCCUUGGUGAUUAUCCUAUGGUACAGGCAUCUCCAAAAUGCUGGGCUCUCUUUGGUCCUCAACUUCUCUCCACAGCCCUAUUAGUUAGUUGUGCAGCUUUUACCACACCUGAGUCUGUACCAUCAUCAAUGGCCUUUACUGGUCUCAGAGUGUCAGAUCUUGUUGCUUUCCGUGACUCUUCAUGCCUCCAAAAUCAGUAUCACCUGGGGAAACCUCCUACAUAUUACCAAGUUCAGCUGCUAGGGUGAGGUUCAGCCUUGGCUGUUUUCUAGAUCACAGAUUCUAGGUGCUGACCCUGAGAAAAUGCUUUCCAGAAGAUUUUCCCUCAAUAAUGUUUGUCUCUUCCUCCCCUUUCUUUUUUUUCUUCCUCUUUUGUAUUUAUUUAUUUAUUUAUUUGUUUGUUUGUUUUAAUCGCUUUACAGCCUGAUCCCAGCCCCUUCCCUCUCUUCUCCCUUCUUCUCCCAGUCUUGCCCUCCUGCCACUCUCCCCUCUUCUCAGAGAAGGGGCCACUAAGGGAUACUAACCCACCCUGGCCCUUCUUGUCACAGCAGGACUAAGCACAUCCUCUCCCACUGAGGCCAGAAAAGGCAGCCCAGCUGGGGGGAAGGAAUCCAAAGACAGGCAACAGAGUCAGAGCUAGCCCUUAGUCCCAUUGUUAAGGGACCCACAUGCUGACCAUGCACAUCUGUUACACAUGUGUAGGGGUCUAGAUCUGGCCCAUCCAAGCUCUUUGGUUGGCUCAGUCUUUCUAAGACCCAAUGGUGUUGGUCUCAUCAUCACCAUGAUUCUUCAUCUGACUCUUCAUCCCCAGCCAAGAUUUCAAUGUAGUGGUUCUACUCUCUUGUCAGUAACAGCCAAUUCUUCAGCCCUAGCUGACCAGAACCACAGAUUCUUAAUUCAAAAUAACAAAUAGCCCUGAUAAUAGGAUUUAAGGGACACUCAAACAUCCCCCUGAAACUUCACAAACAAGGCCUUCAUCUUCUCUUCUGCUCUCUGCAUUAUUUUAUAAGUUAUCAUGAUAGCUCAUUAAGUUCUGAGCACUCAAUGGCUUUUCUAGCCCCACGCUCCAAAGUCCUUUCACAGUCCUCCCCAAAGCACAUGGUCAGGUCUGUCACAGUAAUAUUCUACUCCUGGUACCAAUUUCUGUCUCGGGGCUUCUAUUGCUGUCAUAAAACAUAAUCAAAAACUUGGGGAGGAAAUGGUUUAUUUCAGCUUACAAUUCUCAGAUCACAUUCCAUCACCAAGGGAAGUUGGGGCAGGAACUCAAGGCAGAAAGUGAAACAGGCCACGGAGAAAUGCCGCUGAUUGCCUUGCUCCUUGUGGCUUGCCCAGCCUGCAUCUCUCUCUCUCCCUACCCUCCUUUCUUUUUUCCUUUGGGCAGGAUCUUUCUAUAGUCCUGACUGUCCUGUCCUAGAACUCUUUGUGCAGCCCAAGCUGGCCUUGAACUCAGUGAGAUCUGACCCCUGAGUGUUGGAAUUAAAAGAUGUAUGCCACUAUGCUCAGCUCAGCCCACUUUUUUGGGGGAGGGGAAGGGGUUGCAGGUUUCAAUACUGGGUUUCUCUGUGUCCUGGACCAACUUUAUAGAUGAGGUUGGCCCCAAACUCACAGUGAUCUGCCUGCCUCUGCCUCCCAGAGUGCUGGGAUCAUAGGCAUGCACCAUCUCAUCUGGCUGUCAAUCCACUCUUAUGCAGCCCAGAACCACUUUCCCAGGGAUGACACUGCCCACAGUGAGCUGGGCCUUCUCACAUCAAUCAUUAAUCAGGAGAAUAUGCCACAGAUUACAGGCCUUUUUGUUGGUUUGGUUUGGUUUGGUUUUGUGUUGGGUUGUUUGAAACAGUAUCUCACUCUGUAGCUCUUGAGUGUCGUGGGACUCAUUGUGUGGACCAAACAGGGUCUCAGACUCAGAGAUCCACCUACCUCUGCCUCCUAAGUGUUGAGAUUGAAGGCGUGUGCCAGCACACAUGGCCGGGCCAGUCUUAUGGAGGCGUUUUCUCAGUUGAGGUUCUCACCUUCCAGAUAACUCUAGCUGUGUCAAGUUGACAAAACAAACAAACAAAACUGGUCAGCACAGGGCCCCUGUGGGGCCUGUCCCCUAUGAGUAGGGGUCCCAGAAGGGGGCUCAAGUGUAUAUAAGCAAUAAACAAGACUGCCCACUUCCUAGGCAGCUGUGCCAAGCUGAAGAACACCUUCAGGCCAAGGUGUGAGAUAAGAUUUGGGUUAGGGAAGCCUGCCCAGGCUGAGGCAGGAGUUCCCCUUCUUGCUACCUUCCUCAGUAAUGGCCACCACUCCCCAAAGAUCAGAGGAUGGGUGGAGUAUCCCUGUUGGCCCAUCUGCUGCAGUCCUCAAGGUAGGAACAGUGGCUAAUGUGAGACCCCUCUAACCCUACACUAUUUGGCAAACUUGGAUCAAAGAUUGUAAAUUAGCGUAAGGAUGUCCUAGCCGGCUGAGCUAAGAUUCCAUCUCUAGAUGGUACCUGGGCCAUCAAAAGGUGUUGGUAAGCUUUCUCAACACCUCUGACUUCUUUCACCACAACAGGCCUUCAGAAUUUUGUUUUCAAGAUUGAGCAGGGGUCUCCCUUGCCCUGGAAUGAUCUCCCAAAGGGAAAUAUACAGCAGAGAGGUGAGGAGUCUGCUCAUAGGCCUGUGGGCAGUGUGUAAGCUGAGGCAGUAGAAACUGGAAGAGGCCAAAGUAUGUGGGCUGUUAACUCACCCAAAACCUUGACCCUCCUUGAGGUGCCAUAGGAGGGCUCCUCGCUAGGGUCUUGCUGGGCAAUGAGGCAGGUCAACCAAGCUAGUUGCUGAGCUAGUGUGAGUGGCGCCAGUCUAUGUAGUAGUAAGCUUGGCCACUGACCCAUCUCCACCUUUCUUCUGGACACCCCCGCAGCCCCCAUUGUGGCGUCAGGGGCUGGGGCUGUCUGGAGAGGUCUGUAUUUCACUUGGCUGCAGCUUUAAUGUCAACUACUUUAAAUGGGGGAUGGUGAAAAGCCUACUAGGGUCCAUAUGGAGUAUACCAUGGUCCCUACUGAGUAAAUAAAAGGGAGCCCAAAGAAGGAGUAACUGGCCUCCCACUUGCCAAUUACUGAGGUCUUGACAGGGAGUCCAGGCCAGAUUUUAAAAUCCACACUUAGGGAUGCCGCUUCCCUUUCUGCCCUCACACCCUUGUUGGGCAGCCUACCUACUGGACUGGGUCUGCAGCUCUCAGGUCCUUCUAGCACUCGGGCCCCUUGGGCUGUGGCAUCAAUGGACUCUUACCCCAGGGGGACUAGGGCCUCCACCCGCUAUAGCAGGGAAAGUAGUUUACAUAUGGGGUAACUUUUCAGGACCUAUCAGUGGAAAUAUUAAGGCCAAGCUUCCAUGAGAAGGCAGAGCAGGGUCUAGGAAGGGGGUGGCACGGAAGUAUGGCUUGAAUAUCUACACCUGCAGAUCCAUAAACAACCCUCACUAGGAUUUUCGGGGCUCUCUUCACGGCCCUGUGAUUCCUCUGCUCUACUAGUGACAGCAUUACCCUGUGCAGAUUGGGCUAAGGCUGGAAGCCAGCCACCCAGUAUGGUGGGCAGUACCACCAGACUCCAGAGCCACAUAUAGGGCCUCCUUGCCCAUUGUAAGGGUCUCUCAGCUUUGUUCUUUGGUCUCAGUCUUAUUGGCUGCUGUAGGGGCUAUAAUCCCCAAGAUGGAGACUCAGAGAAUGGGACUUAGGGCCCCACAAAGAGACAGAUGGAGAUGAGGAGAUGAGAGAUGAGGAGACACCAUGGUCAGGGGCAGAGCAAUGCCUGGGCAGAUAGCCAAGAUCAGGGUGGGCCUUGUCUGGGUGCCUGACUCUACCUGCAUCUGUCUGUCUGCUCUUCCUCCCCGUCCUGCCCCUAAUCGGAGGUCAUUAGCCACUUAGAUGUAAUUUCCUUGGAAUGUGCUGUCUCUAGAUGAGCCCUAGAGGCUGGGGGCCCAAGAGCAAGGGAGUGGGCGUCUAGGGUGGAGUGGAAGGUUCCAACUGAGGGUCCAGGUCACAGAUACAGAAAAACCCAUGCAACCUGCCCAAAAGAAAAGCAGCCAGGCUUUUCGCUUGUUCUCAGCUGUACCAUGUGGUUUUCUCAAGUCUCACAUGGUCAUAGGCUCUGAUGUCCCAUAUGUUCAUGAAGGACACCUGGCAUGGCUAACCUAGCCUAAGCAUGGCAUGCUACGGAAGGCAGACAGGCUGGAGUUGCUAGUAUUCAGGUAGCAGCUAGCUUGAGGAUUCCAAGAGUGGGGAGAGCUCAGGGGAAGGCGAGUUUCUUCUACACCAUCCCAUUUUGAAGCUGGUUUAUGAAGUGGUCUAGAUACUUGCUGUUCUUGGCUGGAGACAGAGAAAGCACUGGCAGUGCUGGACAGCCUUGGUUUGGCUCCUGAUCCCAAGCCCUUGUUUUACGGCAGCUGAAGGUGCUGGCUGGCUUUGCUAACCCUUUUGCUAGGUUGACUUCCUAGCAGGGUCAGUCUGACCCUUCUGCCUGCCAGGCUAGGGCUUGGAAGUAGGGUAUAACCAUGGCCAAGACCUCCUGACUGUCCUGGAAGGCCAUAUCCAAGAUGGAAAUACUUGAUCCAAAAUCCUUCCUGAGUUUGGUUUUAGGCCCUCACCUGGUUAGAGCUGGUCAGCCCCUCCUAGAAGCAAUGUCCCCUUUGGUGUUGGGAGUGUGCUGUAGUAUUCAGUCAGAGAUUGAUCCAUUGGAAUCCUUGGCACCCUGUCCUGGGAUUGAGCACUAACAAGGAUGUGGUUUUCAUGCCCAGAAUGGCUGGAGAGACCUUUUAGGGUACAUCUCAAGCUAGGAGAUGGAAGGAAUAGGCAGGGACAGGGGCCA